UAACGUGGCAAAUCUUGCAGACCGCAACGGCAUUAGCCACAGACUGUGGCAGCAGCGUCUCUACGGUUCAGACCAUUAGGGACAAAAGAGCAACGAACAGCUAGUUCGGUUCAUUCGUGACUGCCCGGUUUCAUCUGGUUAACUAUCCCUGAACUUCCAAGAACGACCCACACAAUUCGGGAAAUCAUGGCCAUGCACGAGGGCAUUUUGGGGAAUCCAUAAAUGAUCCCCGUCUCUCCUCAUUCUCCUAUCUCUUCAAUGCCCUUUUAAGUGUUUACACAGGAACUUCCACCCCAAACAGUACUACUCUCGCUUCCUCGCUUCCCAUUUUCCGAUUAUUGCCUUUCCAUUCCAUGGAUCCAGAAACAUUCACCGCCAGCAUCUUCAAGUGGGACCCACGCACCAUCCUCUCAACUUCCACGCUUAACCGCCCGCCGCUUCUCGAAUACACGACGGUUCCUCCGGCACCGCCCUCGGCAGCCGCCGCCGCCGCCGUCGGGUUCGAGCAGGAGGUGGGAGGGCUGGAUGAGCUGUUCCAAGCUUAUGGGAUUCGGUACUACACGGCGGCGAAGAUAGCUGAGCUGGGGUUCACGGUGAGCACCCUCGUCAACAUGAAGGACGACGAGCUUGACGAGAUGAUGAACAGCCUCUCUCAGAUUUUUCGCUGGGAUCUCCUCGUCGGACGAUACGGAAUCAAAGCCGCCGUGAGAGCUGAACGACGACGUAUGGACGAAGAGGAUUUGAGGCGUCGUAAUCUUCUCUCGGCGGACACCACCACCACCACCACCAACGCACUCGACGCUCUUUCCCAAGAAGGAUUGUCCGAGGAACCAGUGGUGCAACAAGAGAAAGAGGCGGGAGGCAGCACGUGGGAGGUGAUGGCUGCGGAGAGGAGGAAGCAGCAGCGGGGAAGACGGAGGACGUCGAGGAUAAUGAAGACGAAUCAGCACCGGCACCAGCACCAGCACGACGACGAGAAUGAGGAUCCAGAAGACGAUGCCGAAGCAGAAGAGAUGAACGAAGAAGGAAUCAACAAUGGAGGAUGCGAGAGACAGAGAGAGCACCCGUUCAUCGUGACAGAGCCUGGGGAAGUGGCACGUGGCAAGAAGAACGGCCUGGAUUAUCUCUUCCUCUACGAGCAAUGCCGCGAGUUCUUAAUCCAAGUCCAGAACAUGGCUAAGGAACGCGGCGAGAAAUGCCCCACCAAGGUGACAAACCAGGUGUUUAGGUACGCGAAGAAGGCAGGAGCGAGCUACAUAAACAAGCCCAAGAUGCGACACUACGUGCACUGCUAUGCGUUGCACUGUUUAGACGAGGAGGUGUCGAAUGAGCUGAGGAUGAGGUAUAAAGAGAGAGGCGAGAACGUGGGCGCGUGGAGGCAAGCGUGUUAUAAGCCACUCGUGGCAAUCGCUGCUCGUCAAGGCUACAUUGAUGCUAUAUUCAACGCGCAUCCUCGUCUGUCCAUUUGGUAUGUCCCCACCAAGCUCCGUCAACUCUGUCACGCCGAGAGGAACAGCGCCGCAGCCGCCGCGGCCGCCGGAGCUUCCAGUUCUGUCUCUGUUGGAAGCGCUCACCUCCCUUUCUGAUGAUGAUGAUGAUGAUGAUUCAGCAACCUAGCCGCCGUAGCUCCUUUGCUCUGUUGUUUAGCUCAAUCUGGAGCCUCAUUACUUUUUCUUUGUUCUUUUAUUAUUAUUAUUAUUAUUAUUACUUUGUUGUGGGAAUGUAACCUAUUUAUUAUGUGUUUAGAUUUGCUCUAUGUAUUAUAUAUCACCUGGUUAGGACGUUCCGCUGGUGUUACUGUUUCGGUAGUAAGUUUUGGAGUUGGCUACG